UUGCCUGACCGACCGCCACAAUUGAACAGCAUACAUGCCUUGAACUAUAUGUAAACGGAGUCUGGCCGCUAAGCGCAUUGCUGAAAGGAUUUUCACUCUAAUGGCCAACAUAGUCCAAUAUAUUGUGGUGCGUAGUGACUUGCGUAGCACCCUCAACUGGCCACUGGGUGCAGUGAUUGCGCAAUGCUGCCAUGCAACGGCCGCUGUCAUGAGCGUCCACGCUGACGACGAGGACACGCAGGCAUAUCUCAAGGAUCUGGAUAACAUGCACAAAGUGGUGCUGGAGGCCAAGGAUGAGGCGGCGCUGCUAAAGCUAAGCGAAAAACUAAAAGAGAACGAGAUCAAGCACAAACUCUGGAUCGAGCAGCCAGAGAAUAUACCGACCUGUGUAGCACUCAAACCCUACGUCAAGGAUGUGGUACACAAAUAUGUGAAGCAUCUGAAACUAUUAAAGUAAACAACUUUAGCUUAGAUACCAGCAUUUAGCAUUUAUAUAUAACAAUAAAUAUAUUAUGUGUUUGC